AUGACGAGAGUAUUGAGUGUGCUACCGCCAAAAUUGGCGCAUUUCAGAACAUCCUGGAACAACGUGAUCGGACCAACAAAGAACAUUGAAACUCAUAUCGAAUGUCUGAGACUUGAGGACGAGCAACUCAAGGAAACGACGACAAAUGCAGAGGGCAGCACCAGCAACGCUCUCAUGGCAAGACGUGAGAAACAGGGACAGUCGUCAAACAGCAAGCAGGACAAGUCAGCGCUAGCAUGUUACAAAUGUGGAAAGAAAGGUCACGUGAUCAAGGAGUGCAGAGGAAAACCGUGUCAGAAAUACAUUGAGUAUUGCAAGAAGAAAUACUCGUGUAACAUUUGCAAGAAGAAAGGACACUUUGCAAAGGAUUGUGAAUCCCUAGAAGAAGCAAAUAAAUCAGGAAAUGGGAAACAAAAAAGGGUGGCAUUUUGA